AUGUCUGGCUCCUACGAUGAGGCCUCGGAGGAGGUCACCGAUAGCUUCUGGGAGGUGGGGAACUACAAGCGCACGGUGAAGCGCAUUGACGACGGCCACCGCCUCUGCAACGACCUCAUGAGCUGCGUGCAGGAGCGCGCCAAGAUCGAGAAAGCCUACGCGCAGCAGCUCACCGACUGGGCCAAGCGCUGGCGCCAGCUCAUCGAGAAAGGUCCGCAAUAUGGCAGCCUGGAGCGGGCCUGGGGUGCCAUGAUGACGGAGGCAGACAAGGUGAGUGAGCUGCACCAGGAGGUGAAGAACAGCCUGCUGAACGAGGACCUGGAGAAAGUCAAGAACUGGCAGAAGGACGCCUACCACAAGCAGAUCAUGGGCGGCUUCAAGGAGACCAAGGAGGCAGAGGACGGCUUCCGAAAGGCCCAGAAGCCUUGGGCCAAAAAGAUGAAGGAGCUGGAGGCGGCCAAGAAAGCCUAUCAUCUGGCUUGCAAAGAGGAGAAGCUGGCCAUGACUCGGGAGAUGAAUAGUAAGACGGAGCAGUCCGUCACCCCCGAGCAGCAGAAGAAACUUCUGGACAAGGUGGACAAGUGUAGGCAGGACGUGCAGAAGACUCAGGAGAAGUAUGAGAAGGUGCUGGAAGAUGUGGGCAAAACAACGCCGCAGUACAUGGAGGGCAUGGAGCAGGUGUUCGAGCAGUGCCAGCAAUUCGAGGAGAAGCGGCUGGUCUUCCUGAAGGAAGUCUUGCUGGAUAUCAAACGGCACCUCAACCUAGCGGAGAACAGCAGCUAUACCCAUGUCUACCGAGAACUGGAGCAGGCCAUCCGGGGAGCCGAUGCCCAGGAGGACCUCAGGUGGUUCCGCAGUACCAGUGGCCCCGGGAUGCCCAUGAACUGGCCUCAGUUCGAGGAGUGGAACCCAGACCUCCCCCACACCACUGCCAAGAAGGAGAAACAGCCUAAGAAGGCAGAGGGGGCCACACUCAGCAAUGCCACUGGGGCUGUGGAGUCCACAUCCCAGGCUGGGGACCGCGGCAGCGUUAGCAGCUAUGACCGAGGCCAACCGUACGCCACCGAGUGGUCAGAUGAUGAGAGUGGGACUCCCUUCGGGGGGAACGAGGCCAAUGGCGGCGCCAACCCCUUCGAGGACGAUGCCAAGGGAGUCCGCGUGCGGGCACUCUAUGAUUACGACGGCCAGGAGCAAGAUGAGCUCAGCUUCAAGGCCGGAGACGAGCUCACCAAACUAGGAGAAGAGGAUGAGCAGGGCUGGUGCCGCGGGCGGCUGGACAGCGGGCAGCUGGGCCUCUAUCCUGCCAACUACGUUGAGGCCAUAUAGCUACCCUGCCCACCCAAGUCCCCUCACUCCGUGUCCAUCGCCUCCCGCCCUCCCCCUCCCCUCGCCAUAGAGUUCCAGACAUAUUUUCCGAUCAAGCUUUUAUUUUUUUAAAAGUCAAAACAGAACAAAAGAAGAAAUACAAAGAGACAGAGUUUGCAGCCUACCUGGAGGCCAGGGUGGUGGGGCUUAGGACGAUGGCCCCAGGCUGGGCCAGGGUCUUGGGACUUUAGCCCAAUGUCACAUCUGCUCCACAGAGCCCACCAAAGAGUCUCCUGAGCCCUGAGGGAUAUCUUCUGGAUCCUUCUACCCUGCCUCACUUUCCCGCCCAACCCCAGGCUGCCAGCAGCUACCCUCGUCACCCGAGCCUGGCUUCCUCACCUCUUCGUCCCUCCCUGUCCCCUUCUGCCACUGUCCUCCUCUUAAAAGCCUCCUCCACAUCCCAGGAAGGAGGCCUCCCGAUCUUUAGUCUUCCACUCUGCCCUGGGGGUGCUCUUCUCCCAGCCCUGAUCUUUGGGUCACCCUUCUCUGUGGAGGGUCCAGGGCCCUCUGGGCUUCCCCAGAGGUGAACCGGAGGAAGCGAGACACACGGGAGAGGGAAGGGAAGAGCAGAUCCUCCGUCCAGGCUGUGCCAACCCUUCUAAUGCUGGGCCCAUUUUGAGGGGUGAAAACCCUGUCUGGGCCUGGGGACAGAGGGCUCCUCCUCAGAGCCACUCAUCAGCUCAGAGGCCCUGACCCUCUCCUCAGGCCUUGGUACUGGGCAAAGCGCCCCUCACCCAAGCCCAGGGCAAAGCCAGCAACAGUAGCAGCCCUUCUCCCACUCCCUGGGGAAGAGGCAUUGGCCACCACCCCCCCUUCCUUCAUGGCCAUCCAGAAAUGCUCCCUCCUUCACUGUGUCAGUAUCAGCCUUUGUGAAGCCAAUCUGCAAGGCUCUCGGCCUCCUUUUCUGCUUCUGUUACCUGGUCGACCGAGGAGACACACGGGCUCAGGGGAGCAUCCAGGUCCCUUCUCACCUGGGGAGACACACGGGCUCAGGGGGGCACCCCGCUUGGCACUGUAAGGGGAAGCCAGCAGCUCAGGCUGGCCCGAGAAAGGAACUCUGGAUGGUCACCGUAUUUUCCUUGUCUCUUUUGGUUUUCCAACAUUACCCCCUGAGUGCUGGCAGCCCCCCAUUUCUCUAAGCCUGAGUCUCCAUUAAAGGACUCCCGGGGGUCGGAGGGGACACAGGGCCCUUGUGGUUGGAAAGGGGACAGCAGCUUUCCUUGGGUGGGUGAGUGGGAAGCAGACAGGUUGGAAAAAAAAAACCCCGGGGGAGACUGGUCAGAGGCUGAUUAUCCGGAUCUUUGGGAACAAGGACCUGAGAAGUCCCAUGCUCACAGCUGGUGUCUGCUAGGCCUCUGGGCCACAGACACCCUCUGCCCCCUGAAUCAGGUGGCCUUUUGGGCCUCCAGGGAAAGAGUACGUGGCCCUGAGUUCUCUGGGACCCUUUAGCUCCCUGCUACUUCUUCUGACACUGUUAGGUCAUGGACCCAAGCACCGGGGCUCUGAUCCCCCUUCUCGUGAGUAGGGCUGUGGCGGGGGCCUAUGUUGGGCAGUCCUCCCUCAGGGCCAUGAGCAUGGCACCCUAUGGACAGGGCUGCCAGCACCCCCUUCCUUAUCACUGUUUGCCCUAGGGGCUUCAGCUGCAGCCUAGGUUGGGUCCUGGGCCCCUCAGGACCUGAAGCAGGAUUCAAAGCCCUCCUUUUUCCAUAGCUCCUCCUGCCUCCCCAGCUGGCAGGAAUCCUUCACCCCUUACCUUUCCUCACACCCCGGAAAGGCAAGAAGCCGCCAUGCCUGCACCUUGGGGCCUGGGCUCCCCCUCUGCACCAGCGGCUUCCCAGCACCUGGGAAGGGGCUGUGGUCCUGUCCAGACCCCAGGCCUGCCCCUCCCCCAGUACACUAGCUGCCCACUCCUGGGCAGGGACUGGAAAAAUCUAUCCCUUAUGAAGAAUCACCUUCAGUGACCCCAUUUGGGACCAGACUUGGUCCUCAAGCACCUCAGCACCGCGGUGCUGAAGGGUCUCCCCCCUUGGAAGUCCCUAGAGCCCUGAGCCAAGCCCCACCUGUCCGUUCCUGGUGUCAGGGCACUCAACCUUGGGCUGGACCAUACCCCUCGCCAUGUCCACACCCCUCCUGUACUCCCCAAGGGCCCCACUGAUGCUGUACGAGACCCUGCAGGGCUCGGUCAGUGACGUGUUUCGUCCCCUGUUAAACCACGACCCUGUAGCCUGGUUCCGGGGAGGAGCCAAGGCUGCCCCUCCGCCGCCAGCCCGUCGCCCGCCGCCCGCCGCCACUGCGUCUGCCGCCCUAGGCUUCCUGACUCCAUUAGUUCCAGACACUUGUGAAACUCCGAGAGUGCUGUGGUCUCAGCAAUGCACCUGUUUUGUACAUGAUUGUGAAAUCGAAAGGUAUAUAAAUACAAAUAUAUAUAUCUAUCUAUCUCAGUUGUGACUGUAUGGCUGUGGAUAAAACCAGAAUUCUGUCAA